UCACGAGUCCACACAAGAACGCAUAUUGAGAAAGGGCCUUCGACUGAAGUGGGAUUUUCUGCCAUCAGAUAAAGAAUGAACUGCAGAUACGAGUUGUUUUAAAAAGGUGCAGGAACGGAUGUGAAUACAAUGGCAGAAGCUGCGAGACCCUCACACGAAUCACCUGGUGUUGAUGCCAUGGCGGAAGGAGGCUGCACAGGGGAGAACUUUGUGGAAAGACAUCGAGUGGAGCUGAUCAAGAGAGUCAGCAACAUUAAACCCAUUUUGGAUGAGCUCCUCCGCCAAGAGAUAAUCUCACGAUAUAGUUAUGAUCAGAUGAAGCCUCUGCCGACCUCUCAGGAGAAGAUGGCGGAGCUCUUUCGUUGGCCUUUGCCAGUCAGCGGAGGAGAAGGAAAAGAGAUGUUCUACAAACUCCUGGAGGAACAUGAGCCACAUCUCAUCGAUGAGCUCAGGAGAAAAGAAGAGCCAGUGGAAGCAGGGAUGCCUGUUAGAGAGCUGCUUUUGGAAACCCUCCAUCAUUUGAGAGAUAAAGAGAUGAAGAAAUUCAACUGGCUGCUGCUGUGGAAGUUCUCUUUGUGCGGCUUUCCAAGACACUUGUGGCAUCGAUUGCAAAGUUUACACACUGCAGAGAACCUGGUGGACGUGAUGGUGCAGACGUGGGGUCAAAAGUCUGUGGAGGUGACCAAGGAGGUGUUAGUGGACAUGAACAGGACUGAUCUGGUGCAGAGGCUGCACACCUGGGGACACAAAGAAGAACACUCUUUGGGUGAACUUUGGCCUGGACUGAUUCCUGAAGUGGAGACGAUGGCGUCUGCUAUUGAGCUGCUUUUGGAAACGCUGAAGGAUUUAACUGAUGGGGAGCUGGAGAAGUUCAAGGAUUCAUUCUUGAAGGAAACUCAGGACCAGAAGAUCACUUCUGACAUCAGAUGGUUGAUGUCAGAGGCAACAGAUGUGCAGGACGUGGUGUUUGUAAUGGUGCUGACCUAUGGUCACCUCUCUGUGUGGAAAACAGAGACGUUUUUACAUGAGAUGAACCGGAUUGAUCUGGUUCAGUAUCUUUCACACAGCAGCUCAGGACCCCAAAAGAAACUCUCCUCUGAACACAGACCUGCACUGAUACUGAGAGCAGCCAGAAAAGCAGCUGUUAGACGUCGGCUUUGGGAAAUUGAGGAGGAUUUUAGUGAUUGGGAGAAAUUCAAGAAGAUCCUCCCGUUGAUCAUCUCACAGAAUAAUCCAUUCUCAUUGAUGUUGAGACGAACAUCUGUCAGAGAAUCAGUAGUGGAUCUGAUGUUGCAGACUUUCGGCCUUCACUCUCUGGAUUUAACCUGUGAGGUUCUAGAGAUAAUGGGCAGAAGUCACACAAUAUGUGAAGUGAAGGCGAGUGGGAGAGAGAGAGAGACGGUGGGAGAGCGAGCUCAAGAUGAACAUCAAGCUGCACAGAGCGAAUCCACCAUGACAUCAGUUCAGGAGAGUAUUUUGGAAGCACUGAAAGAUUUAAACGACAAGGACCUCAAGAAGUUCAAUCACCACCUGCAGUGCACUCCAAUUGAGAAAAGUUUCCUAAGAAUCCCAAGACAGAGAUUAAAGACGGCAAACCGAGUGGAGAUGGUGAAGCUGAUGAUGGAGGCCUACCUCCAACAGUCUGUGGAGGUGAUCAGGGAGAUGUUAAAGAGGAUGUACUGGGAAGACCUGCAGGAGAGCGGGUUAGGAACCAGAUUGCGACUCCAAGAGAGACGAUGGUAUAGAACGCUCCAGAGUGAAUCCACCAUGACAUCAGUUACGGAGAGUCUUUUGGAAACACUGGAAGAUUUAAAUGAUGAGGACUUUAAGAAGUUCAAACACCACCUGCAGUACACUAAAGUUGAGAAAAGUUUCCUAAGAAUCCCAAGACAGAGAUUAGAGACGGUAGACCGAGUGGAGAUGGUGAAGCUGAUGAUGGAGGCCUACGACAAACAGUCUGUGGAGGUGACCAGGGAGAUGUUAAAGACGAUGUACUGGGAAGACCUGCAGGAGAGGUGGUCAAGAACCUACCUUGAAACCCAAGAGGCACAAACAUUGUCGGCCCAGAUUGAAUCCACCAUGACAUCAGUUCAGGAGAGUAUUUUGGAAGCACUGGAUGGUUUAAAGGACGAGGACCUCAAGAAGUUUAAACACCACCUGCAGUUCACUCCAAUUGAGAAAAGUUUCCUAAGAAUCCCAAGUCAGAGAUUAGAGACGGUAGACCGAGUGGAGAUGGUGAAGCUGAUGAUGGAGGCCUACCUCCAACAGUCUGUGGAGGUGAUCAGGGAGGUGUUAAAGAGGAUGUACUGGGAAGACCCGCAGGAGAGGGGGUCAACAACCUACAUUGAAACCCAAGGGGAGAACUUUGUGGAAAGACAUCGAGUGGAGCUGAUCAAGAGAGUCAGCAACAUUAAACCCAUUUUGGAUGAGCUCCUCCGCCAAAAGAUAAUCUCACGAUAUAGUUAUGAUCAGAUGAAGCCUCUGCCGACCUCUCAGGAGAAGAUGGCGGAGCUCUUUCGUUGGCCUUUGCCAGUCAGCGGAGGAGAAGGAAAAGAGAUGUUCUACAAACUCCUGGAGGAACAUGAGCCACAUCUCAUCGAUGAGCUCAGGAGGACAGAAGAGCCAGUGGAAGCAGGGAUGCCUGUUAGAGAGCUGCUUUUGGAAACCCUCCAUCAUUUGAGAGAUAAAGAGAUGAAGAAAUUCAACUGGCUGCUGCUGUGGAAGUUCUCUUUGUGCGGCUUUCCAAGACACUUGUGGCAUCGAUUGCAAAGUUUACACACUGCAGAGAACCUGGUGGACGUGAUGGUGCAGACGUGGGGUCAAAAGUCUGUGGAGGUGACCAAGGAGGUGUUAGUGGACAUGAACAGGACUGAUCUGGUGCAGAGGCUGCACACCUGGGGACACAAAGAAGAACACUCUUUGGGUGAACUUUGGCCUGGACUGAUUCCUGAAGUGGAGACGAUGGCGUCUGCUAUUGAGCUGCUUUUGGAAACGCUGAAGGAUUUAACUGAUGGGGAGCUGGAGAAGUUCAAGGAUUCAUUCUUGAAGGAAACUCAGGACCAGAAGAUCACUUCUGACAUCAGAUGGUUGAUGUCAGAGGCAACAGAUGUGCAGGACGUGGUGUUUGUAAUGGUGCUGACCUAUGGUCACCUCUCUGUGUGGAAAACAGAGACGUUUUUACAUGAGAUGAACCGGAUUGAUCUGGUUCAGUAUCUUUCACACAGCAGCUCAGGACCCCAAAAGAAACUCUCCUCUGAACACAGACCUGCACUGAUACAGAGAGCAGCCAGAAAAGCAGCUGUUAGACAUCUGCUUUGGGAAAUUGAGGAGGAUUUUAGUGAUUGGGAGAAAUUCAAGAAGAUCCUCCCGUUGAUCAUCUCACAGAAUAAUCCAUUCUCAUUGAUGUUGAGACGAACAUCUGUCAGAGAAUCAGUAGUGGAUCUGAUGUUGCAGACUUUAGGCCUUCACUCUCUGGAUUUAACCUGUGAGGUUUUAGAGAUAAUGGGCAGAAGUUUCACAAUAUGUGAAGUGAAGGCGAGUGGGAGAGAGAGAGAGACGGUGGGAGAACGAGCUCAACAUCAAGCUGCACAGAGCGAAUCCACCAGGACAUCAGUUCAGGAGAGUCUUUUGGAAGCACUGAAAGAUUUAAACGAUGAGGAUCUUGAGAAGUUCAAACACCACCUGCAGUACACUGAAAUGGAGAAAGGUUUCAUAAGAAUCCCAAGACAGAGAUUAGAGACGGCAGACCGAGUGGAGAUGGUGAAGCUGAUGAUGGAGGCCUACCUCCAACAGUCUGUGGAGGUGACCAGGGAGGUAUUAAAGAGGAUGUACUGGGUAUACCUGCACGAGAGGUGGCCAAGAAGAGUAGUAUCACAAGGGCCACAAACAUUGUCGACCCAGAGUAUUCUUGCCAGGCUUCGUGGGCCCCCUCGCCCGUCGCAUGAGACCAGCCGACAAAAACACAGCGGCAUCACUGUGCCUGAUGUGGUAGCUUCCAUCAAGAGAGUUGUGAUUAUCCUGCGAGAUCCAAGUGUCUCAGAAAGCUCGGACUCAGUGGAGGGUGGAAGCCUGACGCAGGAAUCCAGUGAAUGGACCAAACUUGACCCUGAGGUCAACAGUCAGGAUGCAGACGAUGCUCCAACUUACAGCUUGCAGUCUGAAGCAGGAAACUAUGAAUGCAGCAUCUCUGGCUUGCGCUGGAUCUGUAAUGGAAAGGUCCGCUUUAAGUACCAGUUUUGUCCGUGGGAGGAACCCAUGGAGAGGAUGGAAAGCCUGCAAUACAUGCCUGCAGGUCCCCUGAUGGACAUCACAGUGGUUGCUGGGAAGUUAGAUGAAGUGUACCUGCCUCACUGGAUCUGCAUCGACGACAAUCCUAAGAUUUUGGACAAGUUUGCAGUCCUGCACAUAGACGACUGUGGAGAUAAUGUGGAAAACGUGUCCCAGGUCACAGCGUCCCACGUCAAGCUGUCUGAGCCUGUUUUCUCCCCUCGAGCGGUCCUGCUGAGAAUCGGCAUUCCAGUGAGAAUAAACUGUAACGUGUUGCUAUACAAGACCAACACGGCCUUCCUCACGCUCCAUGUGUACCUGAUUCCACGUGAUCCGGGUCUGCAGCAGGAAAUGGACAGGAGGCAAAUAUCUGAUGGGUACAAAGUCAUCAAAAAGCCACAUCCAAAUACUUCUCUGAAAAUGAACGAUCGUUUCAUCUUGAACGCAGUUUUAAAGGGUUCAGAAAUCAUUCCUGAGAACUUAAAGCUUCAAUAUGACAGCAGAAGCCCAAAUUUCUUCGAGGUCUACAGUAAAAAUCCAGACACAGACUUUGAACUCGUGCUCAAACAUAAAAAAGACCAUCGAACUGUUUGGAACUGUACAAUUCGAAAAGAUGAAUACCAAAGCAUUGGUCAUACACAUGCUGCGACUCCCUCAGCCGGAGCAGCUGGUGUGAACACCACGGCACGAGGUGGCAGCGCAGGGUCAGACUUUGUGGAUGAACACAGAGCUGCGCUCAUCGACAGAGUGAACAAUGUCGCGCCCAUUUUGGAUGAUCUCCUCGCUGAAGGAGUCGUCUCUGAGGAUAUUUAUAAAAAGAUCAGACGCAUCGCUCUCGAGAGGGAUCAGAUGACCGAGCUCUACUUUGGUCCCUUGAAAGCUGCUGGACGUGCCGGCAAAGAAGUCUUCUACAAAAGCCUUCAGAAAAAUGAGGAAUUUCUCAUGGAUGACCUCUAGAAAAAGGAGUGAAUGUUCAUUAAUUUCAGCCCAAAUAUACAGUGUAACUGGGCCCAUUUACAAAAAUAUCAAGGGGAAUGUUUGUUAUUACCAUGUCUCUAAUCUUCAAACGACUAACCUUAUUGUAGAUUUAAACUGGGGGACAUUUGUAUGAGAUAUGGUGCCUCAUCCACCAGAUCAAUGAUGCUCAAGAUGAGAUGAGUUUUAAUGAGUUUAAUGAUGGAUAUUUUAAUAUGAAUCUGUCACGGUUUGGGUCUUCUUCCUGUCUUAUUUUGUAGUUUCAUGGGGUUAGCUUCACUUCCUGCCUUGUCCUGUGAUUGUCUGCCGUGUCUGAUUGUUUCCACCUGUGUCCAAU